ACGUGUCGUAACACACAUACCCGGAGUCUACUAUUGUACUUACCAUCGCGCACUUGCAAACUCGCAGCUCAAGGAUCUGCCAAAUUUUUCAACAACAACUAUAGAAGUGUUGCAAAAAGGAUUUUUAACUGUGUUUGAGUGUAUUAUUAUUACUACGAAACAAGGAUUAUAUACAGUUGUGUCAGGUGGAGGAAGGAUGUGCUUUAUCGGAAACAAUAUAUCGCGGGGGUGUAACAUCUUGAGGACUAAGUGAUUCCGAAGCGGAAAUACGCGUUGACUUUUCACGUAGCAACGAAACUCAUCGAAGGAAAUAUGGUUGAUCUGAAGAACGAGCCGGCGGCCACGCCGAAAAAGUCCAAACAUGUCCUGUCCAUGACCACGGUCAAGAACUGGUUCAUGUCGGACAAGAAGCAGCAGGACGCGCCGUUCCGCCAACGCAUGCCCGAAUCCUUCCUGCGCUCCAUCCGCAGAAGGUCGCUGCGUGUCAAAAGGACCAAAUCUCUGGUCCUUCCGGAAAAGCGGAAGUCUGACUCUUUUGUGAAUAGUCAGGAAUGGACGUUAUCCCGAUCUGUGCCGGACGUGAGGCUGGGAAUAGUGGGUUCCCUGUCCUCUGGGAAGUCCGCCCUGGUGCAUAGGUACCUCACCGGUUCCUACAUGCAGGAGGAGUCCCCAGAGGGUGGCAGGUUCAAGAAGGAGAUCCUGGUAGAUAACCAGAGCUAUCUGCUGCUGAUUAGGGACGAGGGUGGAACCCCGGAAUUGCAGUUUACUGCCUGGGUGGACGCGGUCAUCUUCGUGUUCAGUUUGGAGAACGAGAACUCCUUUAACGCGAUCUACAACUACUACACGAAGAUGUCUCACUACAGGAACGUAGCCGAGAUACCUUUAAUUCUGGUCGGCACUCAAGAUGCGAUCAGCGAGAACAAUCCGCGGGUCAUAGACGAGUCUCGGGCUCGCAAAUUGGCCAACGACCUGAAGAGGUGUUCGUAUUACGAAACCUGCGCCACAUAUGGUCUGAACGUCGAGCGGGUCUUUCAAGACGCUUGCCAGAAGAUCGUGCAGCAGAGGUUGUCCACGUCCGCCACCUGCUUGACCCCAACUAAUUCGAGGCCCUCGACGCCGAAUUUCCAUCCUCCCGGUGGUCCUCUAACAGUUCCCAGACAUUUGACCACCAGCAACAACGGAUUCUCGACGCAACAACAGAAUCCGAACCAUAUGUCACCUAGUCACAAUCACACUUUAUCUCACAAGGAUUCGAUGGCGUUAUCGCAAAUGGGUGGAAGGCAAGUGCACACAUUGUCCGCUUCCAGCCAUCAUCUUCAUAGGCAGUCCGAGAAGCACGACGGUAUGCUGAGGUGCGACGAAAAGUGGAACUCGUCCUCUUCGACGCUCGGCAGUCACGGCUCUUCGCAGGCCCUCCUCAUCCAAACCAUUCCGACUGAGAACAACAACGUGGCGAAAUUCGCCGCUCCCCAUCCUUUGGACAACACGCAGCAGCAGCAGCAGCCUGCACAGAUCUCCAAGGACAAGGACCUGCCGACGCCCAGCUCGACGCCGACGACGUCUCGCAAAAGUCGGCGACGCUCCAACCUGUUCACGCCUUCAAAGAAGGCCGACGACAAGCUGAAGAACGGCGGCGACAUAGGCGUCGGCAGGGCCAUCCCCCUGAAGCAGGGCUACCUCUACAAGAGGAGCAGCAAGCCUUUAAACAAGGAGUGGAAGAAGAAGUACGUAACGCUGUGCGACGACGGCCGUCUCACCUACCAUCCCAGCUUGCACGAUUACAUGGACGACGUCCACGGAAAAGAGAUCUCAUUGCAGUAUGUUACCGUUAAAGUACCAGGACAGAAACCCAGAGGAUCUAAAAGCAUUAUCACCGUUGCCCCUACCAAUGGUCACACUAUUAACGAAGGUAUUGGAGGUCUUUCCAUUGGCUCGAAGGAUAAACGCUUAACGGAAAAGGUGUUGCUGACCGCUUUCGAAAUGUCCAAAGAUUCAGGCAAAUGCAGUCAGGUCAGCGGCGAUGAAGGAAUGUUCAACAGCAAUUCCUUCUUGAAUGGAGACAGCCUCAAAACAGAAACGCCCAACGUCAAGAAAAGGCACAGGCGUAUGAAGAGCAGUGGCGUCAAAAAUGCAGAAAACGAUGACGGAGACGGUUACGAGUUCUACAUAGUUUCGUUGGAUAAUAAGCAAUGGAACUUUGAAGCAACGAGUUCGGAGGAACGUGACGAAUGGGUUACCGCUAUUGAGCAGCAGAUUCUCAAUUCGCUGCAGCUGAAUGAAUCCUCGAAGGCGAAGAAGCAGAACAAUCCUUUGGAAGCGGAGACGAUACAGACUAUAAGGACGCGCGUGCCUGGCAACACCUACUGCGUGGAUUGCGAUGCUCCGAAUCCUGAUUGGGCCAGUUUGAAUUUGGGAGUCCUCAUGUGCAUCGAGUGCUCGGGUAUUCAUCGGAAUCUUGGUUCGCACAUAUCCAAAGUUCGAUCUUUGAAUUUGGAUGAAUGGCCACCUGGUCAUUUGAGUGUGAUGUUGGCUGUGGGUAACAAUCUGGCCAAUUCGAUUUUCGAGUACCGGACGCAGGGUGAGAGGAAGCCUGAUCCUUCGUCGUCUAGGGAGGAUAAAGAGCGAUGGAUACGCGCCAAAUACGAGAACAAAGAGUUCCUGCCACCUCUGUGCAAUAUGAUGUCUAUAGAGCAGCAACUCAUCGAUUCGGUGUGCGCGUCCAACGUGAAGAGCAUCGUGCAGAUCCUGGCGCAGGCGACCACCGAGCAGGUCAACACGACGGUCGGACCACGCGACCUCCGCAGUCCCCUUCACCUGGCCUGCGCCAUGGGCAACCUCGCCGUGGCUCAGCUCCUCAUCUGGCAUAACGCGAACGUGAAAGCGAUCGAUCAGGACGGCAGGACGUGUCUGACGUACGCGAAGGCUGCCUACGGAAUAGCAAUUUCUAAGCAGCCCCAGCAAACUGGGAACAAUAGUGCAAAUAGCGAUGCCUCUUUGGCGGCGUGCAAGAGCCUCAUCGAGCUUCUGAUCAUCUCCGGUUGUCCGGAGACGACGUCCGUUCCCGGCAGCGGUACGCUGCCCCGGAGGAGAGGAAGCCAGGCCCUGCCGUCCUUCGAGAAGGUCACUUCUAGUGUAAUUUAAGUACUCCGCAAUACUAGCUGUUAAUUUUUUUGUCGUACAGGUAAACAAGAAUCAUAAUAUGAUAAUUAUAAUUCUAUAUAUAUAUAUAUUAUAUUCGAUACAUAAAUAUUGAAACAAUCAGUAGUGGUUUUUAGACGAAUGGUAACCUACUUCAAUUAUUGCUCUUUUUCGUUCUUCUCUCUUGAUUAUCUGAAGAAAACCCUCCCCUCCCGCCCUUGUUAUUUCGAAUGAAAUCGUGAAAGCACACUCGAUGUACUUAUAAAUAUAUAUAAAUAUAGUUAUUUAUUGGAUGUAUCUCUUGCAAAAGUAAUCACUAACUAUGAUGAUGAUGAUGAUGAUGAUAAUGAUGUUGAUGAUAUAUAAAAAAAAAAUGAUGUCAAUUCCUGCACUGAUUUAUUUAUAGUUGUAAUAAAUGACCACAGUGAGUAUUAAGCGUAAGUGACUAUAUUAUAUACAAGUUUUAUAUAUGUGUCUUCAAUUACUCGUUCGAAGUUUUGUCAUGAUGUGAUUUAAUUUAUUUAUAUAUAUAUAUUUUC